CUCUGCGAUCCCUUCGCUACAAUCCUGCGUUAAAGUCGUGCGCGCAUUUCAGAGAGUACUAUAAGAUAAUUAUCACAGUGUAGAACACUGCGGAUAGCACAAGAUUACAAGGAAGUCUCUGCUCAAACUUAUCUCUGUGAUCGAUAUAAUAAAGUCUGUAGUCCUGUACAUUCAAAUUCCUCUAUUUCUUGACAUCGCAACAUUUAUUUAUCAACUUCUACAUGUUUUUGUAAAAGAAGAUGAGAGACGACUUCUUCAAAUUGUUAUUUAUUCAGAAACACGCUGUAUUAUUCGAAGUUCCGACGCACAUCAAUAACAGAGCAAAACAUUCUAAAUCAUAAAUGAAAAGAACGGAACUUAUCAUUGCUCGUCUGACGACGUGCAUUAACAUAAGCCCCGGUAUUAAGGAGAAAUUCAAAAGAAAUAAUGAAACGCCGGAGAUCGACGACGAGCCGUGAGUUAUUUCCGACAGAAAGGCCACGCAUGUUUUCGUGAGAGGAAGAAGUAGACGUACGCGCGAUAUAGCGAGAAAGACGCGGAGCGAAGUGAACACGAAGCACGGUGGAGCACACAAUUCCCGAUCGACGGUACAUAUCGCGAGCAUGGACUUCCAAAACGUGAAUCCCCUGAACAUUCGGCUGAACUUGGUCUCGGGCAAUCUGCUACCGGUGAUCAAUGGCGACUCAACUUUUUCGUUCUUUUGGAAGGUACACAGCGUCUUCGUAUGGUUAAUGCAAUUCGUUAUAGCGAUCGCGAUGGUGCUCGGGUGCAUUUACGUGCCAAUUGAGAAAGCUUUGACAGACGGCAUGAUCUGUUUCGUAGUAUUUAUUGAAAUGUUCUUCAUGAUCAUGAGAAUUCACGCUCGUAAGGAUCUGAUGUAUCAAUUAAUUCAAAAGCUGAACGAGAUUCUGUACGCCGCCGACGAAACCAUGAAGAGCGUCUUGGCGACGACUUUGGAGCCGGUGAAGAAUCCUCUUCACUUCUACUGGUCCGCCGGCGUGAUAUCGAUAAUAGGGUGGAACUGUAUACCGUUGGUAUUGGUAUUUGAGAAGAAUUUGUUUCUUUACCAGGAUUACAGAAUACCUGCUGCUUUCUCCGAGCAGCCAUUCUCGCUCAAAGUCUUUCUGCUAGGAAGCUUGUUCAUAACGAUCAGCUCGAUAUACAUGUUCCUGAAGAAGGUCGGCGUGGAUGUAUACAUGGUACAUCUGGUCUUGUUGAUAACCGUGCAAUACCGAUACAUUGCUCUGAAAAUUGCGAUGAUAUUUCAAGAAGAAAAUGAAAGUGAUGAAUCUCAAAGGAAACAUUCUCCUGGGCUGGCUCGAAGAAAAGAGAAGGAAAUAAGAGCACUGUGUCGACAUCACAAUGAUUUGGUAUACAUAACUUCAUUGCUAAAAGAAUUACUGUCUUUAAACUUUAGUUUAAUAUAUAUAAACAGCGUCUUUCGGUUCUGCUUUAUUGGUAUUAUGCUAAGCAGCAUAACAUCAUCGACGUUUUGGGAAGCAGUUUCUAUUAUCAUGUACUCGUCAGGUGCGGUAGUGCAACUUUAUAUUUUAUGCUCCUGUGUGCAACAAUUAUUGGAUGCGAGUACGGAAAUGACAGAUAAGGCAUUUAACGAAAAUUGGUAUGUGCUUCAACCAUCGAUAAAACGUAUAUUUAUGAUGAUAAUUAUGGCUAAUAAUUUGGAAUGUAAAAUUGCAACGUUUGCAAACUUCAAUCUCUCCUUGCCUUCAUUUAUGAUGAUUUUAAAUCAAUCUUACACAAUCGCUCUUUUGUUUUUAAAAAUGAAAUAAAAAAAUGACGAAGAAAACGUCUUGCUUACAGUAGUUAUAAUCUUUACUUCCAAACUGAUAACAAAAAUUAAUAAUUUUAUGAGGGCAAUUUAUUUAUUUAGUUUGAUGAACUUGACUUGCUGUAACGACAAAAGUACCUGAAAAUCAUGACUUUGUACAUAUCGGUGAUUAUACAAAAAUACCAGCAAUUAUAAUACAAUUUGUAACUUGAUACAGCCAUAGUAAUAGCAAUGUAAUAAAGUAGCAACUAUUCAUGACAAAA